AAAAACAAUCAAACUAAUGGGCAAUGUGAGCUUUUCACUAUGCACUUUGAUCCCAUCCUGUCAUCGCUAUUCUCUGUUCCUGACAGAAGAGUGCUCCUGCGCUGGUCGAAUGUCACAUCUGAUGAAAAUGGCGAGAUGCGCCCUGACGCCACAAUCUCCAAGCUGCGGCAGCGCGACUUCGGAUCCAGUCUUGGAUAUGGAGAGGCCAAAAUUGCACGCCCCACCACCGAUAACCACGCGCUAUGGCACGAUCUUUUGCGUUUAGCAACGCUAGCAAAAGAUACCAUUGAUACCAAUGCAUUGGAACCCGCCCUGGCUUUCCAGGUGCAUGGCUUUUAUAUCACCUUCUUUCUGACUCGCCUCCGCCACGAUGAAAUCUAUGUGAUGUAAGAACUUACACAGCUUACAUUUCCUCGAUCUUUGGAAGAGCUAGCAACAUUCGUGUCCUUGAAAAAUAUGCGCACAUUGAUGAUCCUAUCUGAUACCUAUUUGGCGCUUGUGCCGACCUGUCCGUGACGCUCACUCAUGGCAAGAGAAACGCCGCCCCACUCAUCCCUCCAUUUACUCUUUGAUUGAUUCAACUAUAAAUCGCCACCGUUUCUGCGCCCUGCGCUCUAAUUAAAUGGGUUCCUUCGUAUACAUUCCCAUAUGCCA